GGACUUGGACUUGGAUGUCGCUUUGAGGGCACUGAUCUGUUUUCCCCAGUGGUUUCCUGUAUCCAUUAUCUAUCUUUAUCAGUUCCAAGUCAAGUCGAGCAUUCCUUCUCGUUUCGAUAAGAUCUCCGUCGACUUCUCCUCUGUUCUUGCACAGUUCAGUAUACCAAUCGAAUGGCGUCGGAUGCGGAAACUAGGGCUAAAGAGGCCUUCAUCGACGACCACUUCGAACUCGCCGUUGACCUCUACUCUCAAGCCAUCUCUAUGGACCCUAAGAACGCCGAGCUCUUCUCCGACCGCGCCCAGGCCAACAUCAAACUCCGCAAUUUCACUGAAGCUGUUUCUGAUGCAAGCAGAGCAAUUGAGUUGGACCCUUCAAUUUCCAAAGCAUAUCUGCGUAAAGGCACUGCUUGUAUCAAGCUUGAAGAGUAUCAGACUGCUAAGGCUGCUCUUGAAGCAGGUGCUUCUUUGGCACCAGGAGAUUCGAGAUUCAUGAAUAUGAUCAAAGAAUGUGACGAGCGCAUUGCAGAGGAAAAUGGUGAGCCACCCAAUCAGUCGUCAAAUCAAACUCAAAGUAGCGUUGCAGUUACGCCUGCUCCUGAAUUGGUGGACAUAAAUGUUGAAACUACAAAAGAUGCUCAAUUAGUUGCGUCAUCAAGCAAAGCAAAAUACAGGCAUGAGUUUUACCAGAAACCAGGGGAAGUGGUUGUUACUAUAUUUGCCAAGGGAAUACCAGCUACUGGUGUUUCGGUUGAUUUUGGUGAACAAUUACUGAGUGUCACCAUUGAUGUUCCUGGUGAAGAUUCAUACACUUUUCAACCUCGGUUAUUUGGCAAAAUAAUACCUGCGCAAUGUAAGUAUGAAGUUCUGUCGACAAAGAUUGAAAUCCGACUUGCAAAAGCUGAAGCUUUGCAAUGGACGUCUCUCGAAUUCAGCAAGGAUGCUAUGGUACCACAGAGCAUCAUUGUGUCAUCAGGUGCUCAAAGACCUAGUUACCCUUCCUCAAAACCAAGAAAAGUAGAUUGGGAAAAGUUAGAAGCUCAAGUGAAAAAAGAGGAGAAAGAAGAGAAGUUGGAUGGAGAUGCUGCUUUGAACAAAUUUUUCCGGGACAUAUAUCAAGAUGCUGACGAGGACACAAGAAGAGCUAUGAGAAAAUCAUUUGUUGAGUCAAAUGGGACAGUGCUGUCCACAAACUGGAAUGAAGUUGGUUCGAAGAUGGUCGAAGGAAGCCCUCCAGACGGUAUGGAGGUGAAGAAGUGGGAAUACUGAACUUUUGUGCCCCAGUUGGAUUCCUUGUAAAAUGGGUGUGAAAGUUUUUCUCAGUUUGCUUUUGAAUUUGUCCAUAGUUUUUCUGUUACCGAAGGUUUUAUUUGAUAUGCUGAAAUAACACAUCAGUAGUCCAUCGAGGCGUUGAUUUCAACACCGAGUAGUAGUGACUCAUAAUGUCUGUCAAACAUUUCUUCGGUUUUUCAUUGUCUGAAACAAACUGUGUUGAUGUAAUACAGUUAGCAUUUUCUC